GAGGCGCGGGCCGCGGCGGCGGGCUGCUGGCGCUGACCUUGUGGCUGCUGGCGGCGCGGGGGGAGCUGCCACCACCCCAGGAGAUGGCCAUAGUGGAGCUGAGCUGUGGUGCAGGGCCCCUGCACAUGGUCCUGGGCCCUGGGCAGGCUGCGGUGCUGGACUGUGGCCUUGGGUCGACUGCUGCUGCCCCUCCUACCGGUGUGACAUGGAGCAAGGAUGGCGGUGCCCUUCCGGAGCAUGACCAUCUGCUUCUGCUGCCCAAUGGAUCCCUGUGGCUGGAUGUACCACCUGAGCCCAGUGGCAGUGACCAGGCAGCCCCCACAGUCAUCGAGGGCAGCUAUUCAUGCCUGGCCCAAGGCCCCGUUGGAGCAGUGGCCAGCCAGGAUGUGCUCGUCAAAAUCGCCACACUCCUGGGCUUUUCCCAGCACCCAGAGUCUCAGGUGGUAGAGGAGAAUGGGACGGCCCGGUUCCAAUGCUACAUCGAAGGUCUGCCCACGCCAGUCAUCACCUGGGAGAAGGACCAGGGAGUAGUGCCGGAGGAUCCCCGAUUCAUCACUCUUCCCAACGGCGUCCUCCAGAUCCUGGACAUUCAGGAACAUGACGCCGGUGCCUACCGCUGUGUGGCCGCCAACUCAGCCAGCCAGCGUUUCAGCCAGGAGGCCUUACUCCAGGUGACCCGCCGAGAACCCCCAGUGUCCGGCAGUGGGCAGGACGUGGUCAUCCUGGCCGCCCCCGAGAACACCACUGUAGUGUCCGGUCAGAGCGUGGUGCUGGAGUGCGUGGCCUCAGCUGACCCUACCCCCUUCGUGUCCUGGGUUCGCCAGGACGGUAAGCCCAUUGCCACGGAUGUCAUCGUCCUGGGCCGCACCAACCUGCUCAUCCGCAGCGCACAGCCCCGGCACUCGGGCGUGUACGUGUGUCGCGCCAACAAGCCCCGCACGCGCCACUUCGCCGCCGCCGCCGCCGAGCUCCGCGUGCUAGCGGCCCCGGCCAUCUCGCAGGCGCCCGAAGCGCUGUCCCGCACCCGGGCGAGCACCGCGCGCUUCGUGUGCCGCGCCUCCGGGGAACCCCGGCCCGCGCUCCGCUGGCUGCACGACGGGGAGCCGCUGAAGCCCAACGGGCGCGUCAAGGUGCAGGGCGGCGGCGGCAGCCUGGUCAUCACGCAGAUCGGCCUGCAGGACGCCGGCUACUACCAGUGCGUGGCCGAGAACAGCGCGGGCACGGCGUGCGCCGCCGCCCCGCUGACCGUGGUGGUGCGCGAGGGGCUGCCCAGCUCUCCGACGCGCGUCACGGCCACGGCGCUGAGCGGCUCCGUCGUGCGGGUGGCCUGGGAGAGACCCGAGCUGCACAGCGAGCAGGUCAUCGGCUUCUCGCUCCACUACCAGAAGGCCCGGGGGGUGGACAAUGUGGAAUACCAGUUUGCAGUGAACAAUGACACAACAGAACUGCAGGUUCGGGACCUGGAACCCAACACGGACUAUGAGUUCUAUGUGGUGGCCUACUCCCAGCUGGGAGCCAGCCGCACCUCCAGCCCUGCGCUGGUCCACACACUGGACGAUGUCCCCAGUGCUGCGCCACAGCUGUCGCUGUCCAGCCCCAGCCCUUCAGACAUCAGGGUGGUAUGGCUGCCCCUGCCCCCCAGCCUCAGCAAUGGGCAGGUGGCGAAGUACAAGAUCGAGUAUGGUUUGGGAAAGGAAGACCAGAUCUUCUCCACUGAGGUGCCUGGCAAUGAGACACAGCUGACUCUGACUUCGCUUCAGCCCAACAAGGGGUACCGAGUCCGCAUUUCGGCCAGCACCAGUGCUGGCUAUGGCCCCCCCUCACAGUGGACAGAGCACCAGACACCCAGCGGGCACAACCAGAGCCUUGUCCCAUUUGCUCCAACAGAGUUGAAGGUCCGGGCAAGGAUGGAGUCCCUGAUGGUGUCAUGGCAGCCUCCGCCACACCCCACCCAGAUAUCUGGCUACAAACUCUAUUGGCGGGAAGUGGGGCCUGAGGAGGAGGCCAACGGUGAGAGAUCCCCUGAGGGCCUUGAAGAGCAGGCGUGGGAUGUGGGGCCCAUCCGGCUCAGGAGGAAGGUGAAGCAGUACGAGCUGACCCGGCUAGUACCUGGCCGGCUAUAUGAAGUGAAGCUUGUGGCGUUCAACAAACAUGAAGAUGGCUAUGCUGCUGUGUGGAAGGGCAAGACAGAGAAGGCGCCCACGCCAGAUCUACCUGUCCAGAGGGGCCCGCCCUUGCCCCCUGCUCAUGUCCAUGCAGAAUCCAACAGCUCCACAUCCAUUUGGCUGCGGUGGAAGAAGCCAGAUUUCACCACUGUGAAGAUCGUUAACUACACAGUGCGCUUCAGCCCCUGGGGGCUACGGAAUGCCUCCCUGGUCACCUAUUAUACCAGCUCUGGAGAAGACGUCCUCAUUGGUGGGCUGAAACCCUUCACCAAGUACGAGUUUGCGGUCCAGUCCCACGGCGUGGACAUGGAUGGGCCCUUCGGCUCCGUGGUGGAGCGCUCCACCCUGCCGGACCGGCCCUCCACACCCCCCUCCGACCUGCGCCUGAGCUCCCUGACACCAUCCACGGUCCGGCUGCACUGGUGCCCACCCACAGAGCCCAACGGAGAGAUCGUGGAGUACCUGAUCCUUUAUAGCAGCAACCACAGCCAGCCUGAGCACCAGUGGACACUGCUCACCACAGAGGGCAAUAUCUUCAGUUUGGAGGUGCAGGGCCUGGAGAGCGACACCAGGUACUUCUUCAAGAUGGGUGCACGCACUGAAGUGGGGCCUGGGCCCUUCUCACGAUGGCGGGAUGUGAUCACCCUGCAGGAGAAGUCAUCAGACUCUUUGGAUGUGCAGUCGGUCACCGGCAUCAUCGUAGGCGUGUGCCUGGGUCUCCUCUGCCUCCUGGCCUGCAUGUGUGCUGGCCUGCGUCGCAGCCCCCACAGGGAGGCCCUCCCAGGCCUAUCCACUGCCACCACUACCGGGAAUUCAGCCUUGUACUCCAGAGCCCGGCUCAGCCCUCCCAGCCCCCCAGCUGCUCACGAACUGGAGUCCCUGGUGCACCCUCGCCCCCAGGAAUGGUCCCCUCCACCCUCAGACAUUGAGGAGAGGGCCGAAGUGCAUAGCCUGAUGGGGGGCGGCGUUUCCGAUGGCAGCGGCCGGGGUCACUCCAAGAGAAAGAUCUCUUGGGCAGGUGCCUGGGCAGGCUGCGAGCUGCCCCAGGCAGGCCCCAUGCCUGCCCUGACCCGGGCCCUGCUGCCUCCUGCUGGCACCGGGCAGACGCUCCUGCUGCAAGCUCUGGUGUACGAUGCCAUCAAGGGCAAUGGCAGGAAGAAGGCGCCCCCUACCUGCAGGAACCAGGUGGAGGCCGAGGUCAUCGUCCACUCUGGCUUCUGUAUGUCCGAAGGGGACCCUGAGCUCCCACUUCAGGACCCGGCCCCUGACGACCCCCCUCCUCCAGAAGCUCCUGCCCUCACCCCAGGACUCAUGGAUCUUGGGUCUGCGGCCACGUGGCUGGACAGGGAGCUGGGAGGGUGUGAAACGGCCAACCUCGGGCCAGACAAACUCAGUUGCCUGCCAGAGUCCCCCUACACAGCUCCCGAGUCCUUUGAGAUAUAGAAGGAGGCUUCCGGAUACAGCUGCCUGCCCAGGGCCCCCUGUCCACCCGGAGCUGCCGUCUCCUCCUCUACUCGGUGCCCCCAGAGGG